GCCACGGAUGGUGCCAACAUGUUGCCAAUUUUUGGUAUUUUUCAGGGACACGCUGAUUUUGGCAGCAGUGAAUAGCGGGACUUCGAUCUUCGCCGGGUUCGUGAUUUUCUCGUCCCUGGGCUACAUGGCCCAUGUGAAAGGGGUGAACGUCAGUGACGUGGUGGCGUCUGGGCCUGGGCUGGUAUUUCUGGCCUACCCCGAGGUCAUCCGCAAACUCUCACUGUCGCCCCUUUGGGCUGUCCUCUUCUUCAUGAUGCUCACGUUAUCCCUUAACGUUAGAGUUUGCCUGCAGAAUAUGUCACAGACCCUGGGCAUCGACAGCAUGUUCAGCUGCUUGGACGGGUUCGUUUCCACACUGUGUGACUUGUCCCCGCGAUUGCACAAGCACAAACGGAAACUCAUCGCAGCCUGGGCUCUCAUCUUCUUCCUGCUGGAACUUCCGCUGGUGACCCGAGGUGGGAUCUACCUCUUCACACUGCACGAAUACUACGGAUCAGCCAGCAUCACUCUGCUCUCGAUGGCUUUUUGUCAGUUAUCCCUUAACGUUAGAGUUUGCCUGCAUAAUAUGUCACAGACCCUGGGCAUCGACAGCAUGUUCAGCUGCCUGGACGGGUUCGUUUCCACCCUGUGUGACUUGUCCCCACGAUUGCACAAACACAAACGGAAACUCAUCGCAGCCUGGGCUCUCAUCUUCUUCCUGCUGGAACUUCCGCUGGUGACCCGAGGUGGGAUCUACCUCUUCACCCUGCACGAAUACUAUGGAUCAGCCAGCAUCACUCUGCUCUCCAUGGCUUUUUGUCAGGCUGUGGCUUAUGUUUGGAUUUGGGGAGCAGACAAGAUAUCUGAUUGCUUGUUCGAAAUGAUCGGGUUUCGGGUAUCCUGGUGGUGGCGAUUCUGCUGGAAAUUCGCUGGGCCUGGUUACAUGCUGUUCAUUUUCUUCUUCUUCUUCAUCAACUACGAGACUGUCAAGUACAACAACUACGAAUAUCCCGUCUGGGGUCAAGUGCUGGGAGUGUUGAUAGCUGCGUCUUCCCUGGCCUGGGUUCCUGCCUACGCCAUUUACUACCUCGUGAAGCAGAAAAAGCCUCUGCGAGAGGCGUGGAAGAUUGGCACAACGGCCACGACAGUGACGGCGAGACCCGAGCGACAAGAACACGAGCUGGAGGAAGUUCCUGAGACCGGAAGUGGAGCGGAUUCAUUCGAGUCGGAAACUGCGAAAUCUGCGGGAAUCAAAGCGAACGGAAGAGAACUUCCUGAUGAAAACGUGGACGGAAUCAGUCAAACGAACGUGAAUCUCAGCGGAUAAAAUCGAACUGAGAUUCUCCUUAUAUAUAAUAUUAUUUUGUUUCCUCGGCGAGGCCGAAAACUCGAAAGCUUUUUUUCAGGCCUCAUAUUUUCUUUCGUAAGCAAGAAAUGUUCUACAAAAAGUUUAUUUAAAAAUAGGAAAAUAUUCGAAAAAUCUCAAGGUCACGUACAUGAAGAACAACGUUCUUCACACAUACUUCAUUUCAAUAAGCGUCGGAAAAUUCGUAUUCAAAGUUAAAAUAUUUGAAGCUCUUGAAAAACGCAGUUCGUCUAAAUGCUGUAAAGAAAAUUUGUAUUCAAAGUCCAAAUAUGUGUCAAUGAAAAAUGACUUUCUCAAAAUCAGUGUAUUCAAAAAUGGGCAACUUGCAUCCGAAAGUUCAAAUAUCCCCAAGAAAAAUGACGGCCAUCAGACGAAAAUCUUACACGUUACAGGAGGAAAUGGGUAAUAUUUUCUAUUUAUAAUUCCGUGUAUUAAACGUUUCACUUUUCAAACCCUCCUCUUGAGCAAUAUCACAGUUCAGCUUCCAUGUUGAUUGUCACAAAAAUCAAAUGUUUUGGUAGUGAUUCGUUUUAUGAAAAAUCGAAUUAUUCCGAACACCAAAAAAAUGAUCUGAGGGUAAUUUCCCUGGUUAUAUACAAGUAAAUAGGUGCCAUAUGUCUUCUAUUGAAGUGUAUUCCAAUUUUCCCAGUUUUUGAUAGCUUUGCUGGAGCAAUGCCAAAAAAUGUGUUUGUUGUUGAAUAGCUUGGAGAACCAUCUUGAAGAAAUCUCGUAAUAAGUAUAUCAUUAUACUGUACCUUAUCACGCAAAGGCAAAACAGAAAAGAAUUUGUUGACGAGUGGUUGAUUCAGCAAAAUUUACAGCCAUUAGAUGAGAAAGAUAUCAUGUAUGAUACCCUGUAUUUAACGAUGUCAUAAUGUGACGAAGCGUAUUUUUCUGUUGAUUCGGUUUCGGUGUGAUUCGCAAGAGUUUUUCACUUUUCAGGAAUGAAAGUGAAACAUAUUCCCCAUGACUUUGAAAAAACAUGUUUGUAUUAUAAGAAAACCAUCUUAUUUAAAGUGCCAAGUAAUAAUGACGUUUGGCAUAUUUUCCAGAGUUUAAGCGACAUUUAACGUGGAACUUUAAAGUGAACUUGAUUCGGAAAAAUAUAUGCAUUUGUAUAACGAAGAGUGCUUCUGAGCGAAUUUGCUCAAUGGUUUCCGAUUUCCGAAAAUUAGCUUCGAAGAAAUGAUUCUCAUUCGUGACAGGCAACCAUAUCUAGGAAUUUUUAGCAAAAGCAAUUUACUAAAUAUAGAGGAAAUGUUGAGACCUCCGUUGGAUUUGAAACUGAUCAGUUUCUACUGCAAUUCCGAUGACCGAAAUGGAUCUGAGUGAGAUUUUGUACCGAGUCUGUGGAAGGAAGCUUUCGUGUAAUGUACUGUUAUUUUUUUCAACGGCGAUUGAUGGAUGAGAAAAUAUAUGAGAAUGUUUUUUCCUUUAAA